CUAAUGUUAGAAAGCACUCUCGAUUUCUACUUGGAACUGAUCUUUAAGAACAUGUUUAAAAGACCAAGGUCGGGUUUAGUAUUAAAGGAUCGAGGCUACAAUGAUCCCUUGCUUGCAUUUCUAACUUCUCCCGUCGAUCGUAGGGCUCCUUGAGCUGGUUUCGGGCUCCUUUUCCCGCCUUGAUUUCUUCUCCUUUUUAUAAAUUGAUUUGGGGCUUUUCAUCACUGUGUGCUGUUCUCUCUAUCUCAUGGAGUGGAUUUAGUUUCUCACGCCUUUUGUCUGGGAUCUCUUGCUUGGGUUUUCUGCUAGUUUGGGUUCUCUCCUUUGCUCAGGCUUUCUACAAACUGCUCUUCCUCUCUUGCUCGGGUCGGGUUUUUGUUACCGUUUUGUAGCCUGUGGUGUUUGGCUUGUCUUGGGCUUUUGGAAUUCUGGUUCAGUGUUGGUUUCUGGGGGCUUGUUCCGGGCUUCUCAUCGGCUCCAUUUUCUGCUCCAAUUCAGGAGGUUCAGUGGGUCUCGUUUUUUGUUGGUUGAUCUGAGGGCGCCGAUAUUUGUGUCGUGGCCUCGUGGGUAGCGCGUUUUUCCGACUCGAUCUCGCUCGUGCACUCGGAGCUUUGUGGGGACUCUGUUUUGGCCGUUCGUUUUAGAGGGCUCGACUGAGUUUGUUUGUACAGCAAGCCGGAGUCAGGAAUAAAGAAAGCUGUUUGGUUUCAGGAAGUUUGGCAGGAAUUUCUAGGGCAUUAUUAUAUUCGUGUUGGCUACGUUUUGGCUUUCAGAUAUGAAGGAAAUUCCACGUUCAGUAAAACAAUAUCCAUUUGAACAACUUCAAGAUAAUGAAUGCAUAUCUCCAGCACUGCAGAAUAUGUUUGGUGGCUCUAAACUUAGCAACUGCAUAAACUGGGGUGGUGAUGUCAAUCGUCAAAAUCCAAAGGCUGUGAAUAAUCAACCUAUUCGAGGUUCAGGUGCUAUGAAACCAGAACCAAAAAAGCGUGGGAGGAAGCGGAAGUUUGAUCCUAAUGUUCAGGAUUCAUCUGCUGGACGUGAAGAUGAUGCUGACAUGCGCCUUAGGUGCUAUGAAAGUGCUUCUGCCCGAAAGAGAACCGUGACAGCUGAAGAAAGAGAGAGAGCAAUUAAUGCGGCCAAAGCAUUUGAGCCUAUUAACCCUUUCUGCAGGGUUGUCUUGCGACCAUCAUAUCUAUACAGGGGAUGUAUUAUGUACUUACCAUCGUGCUUUGCUGAGAAACAUCUAAGUGGGGUUUCGGAUUCCAUUAAACUUCAGCUUCCUGAUGGGAGACAGUGGUCUGUACGAUGUCGUUAUAAAGGAGGAAAGGCUAAGUUCAGUCGGGGAUGGUACGAAUUUACAUUGGAGAAUAAUUUGGGAGAAGGGGAUGUCUGUGUCUUUGAACUGCUCAGAUCAAGGGAAAUCGUGCUCAAAGUUACUGUAUUUCGUGUAAUGGAAAGCGGUGGACUAAUGCACCGGUCUCAAUGAAUGCCUGCUAAGUUAAGCCAUCUUAGAUUAUAGAGAGCUGGAAAUUUCAGGAAUGUCAAAAACUAUGUUAAGUAACUCGUUCUUCUCAGGUGACGGUGUAACCAAUCUGGUUCCAUAAGAAAUUAGCUGCUGUGCAUGUUUAGCUGCUUAAGAUAAUGGAUUCUAAAAUUCUCUGGCUUGACUAGGUUUGUUAGUAGAUAUCUCCAAUGUAGUUGAUGUUGAACCCGAUUGGGAAAUUGUGUUUUAGACUUGAUGUUAUGGUCUGCUUGGUUGGUUUGAAAUUGAAUUUUUCAUUCCUCUUGUUGCUUUCAA